AUGUUCCUCGGGGCUCCCACUCGACUUCCAAGGCUCGACCAAGUGCGCACCGACAUCAAUCGUCGCGCCGUCAAUAACCUCGACUUUUCGUCCGCAGUCUUGUCGCUCGAUGCCCUCUAUCACUCGGUCAUCUCGCUACCUCGUCUGGCUCUCAGUUCCCCUGUCGCGCAACCACUCGUCAAUUUUCUUGGAUACGUAACCUUAUGGUUCAAUGCGUAUAAGCAAAUGUUUAAUAACUUUAUCAACCCAUCUAUAUCGGCUCUGCUGAUCGGAGCCGCCCGUCCUGUAGACUCCCUUCCCGCCCCCGACCCCGCAUAA